GUAAAUAUUUACAAUUAAGGGUCAAAUUUGAAAAUUGAAUCGAUGAUCUAGGGUCUGCUGCGCUUCUUCUCUGACGCGAUCGUCUUCGUCCCUGCUUCCGGCUAUCUCUUUCGCUGGUUUUUGGGAAUCUCUGACGUUAAAGGCUGCGAAGAUGGCACGAGGAUUGUUCAACAAACUUGUCUCUCGUUCUCUCUCCGUCGCCGGAAAAUGGCAGCAGCAGCAGCUACGACGUCUUAACAUCCAUGAGUACCAGGGGUCUGAGUUGAUGGGCAAAUAUGGAAUCAAUGUUCCAAAAGGUGUAGCCGUUGCUUCUGUUGACGAAGCUAAGAAGGCAAUUCAGGAUGUCUUCCCUAAAGAGAACGAGUUGGUAGUUAAGAGCCAAAUCCUUGCUGGGGGACGAGGUUUGGGAACAUUCAAAAGCGGGCUUCAGGGUGGAGUUCACAUUGUUAAGGCUGACCAAGUUGAAGAUAUAGCUGGGAAGAUGCUUGGGCAGAUACUUGUCACCAAACAAACAGGUCCCCAAGGAAAAAUUGUCAGCAAGGUUUACUUGUGUGAGAAGUUGUCACUAGUCAAUGAGAUGUACUUUGCUAUCACUCUCGACCGUACAACUGCUGGCCCACUUAUUAUUGCCUGUCGGAAGGGAGGAACUAGCAUUGAAGAUCUUGCUGAGAAAUUCCCUGACAUGAUUAUUAAGGUGCCUAUUGAUGUUUUUAAAGGAAUUACGGAUGAAGAUGCUGCUAAGGUUGUUGAUGGUUUGGCUCCCAAGGUGGCUGACAAAAAUGCUUCAAUUGAACAAGUGAAGAAGCUGUAUAAGCUUUUUUGUGAAUGCGACUGCACAUUAUUGGAAAUCAAUCCCAUUGCAGAGACUUCAGAUAACCAGUUGGUAGCUGCUGAUGCAAAGUUGAAUUUUGAUGAUAAUGCUGCAUUUCGUCGGAAAGAGAUAUUUGCACUCCGGGAUUCAUCACAGGAAGAUCCUAGAGAGGUGGCAGCUGCCAAAGCAGAUCUGAACUACAUUGGCUUAGAUGGAGAAAUUGGCUGCAUGGUGAAUGGUGCAGGGUUGGCAAUGGCUACGAUGGAUAUAAUUAAGUUGCAUGGUGGAACUCCUGCCAAUUUUCUAGAUGUUGGUGGGAAUGCUUCAGAAGGCCAGGUGGUGGAAGCAUUUAAAAUAUUAACUGCUGAUGAUAAGGUGAAGGCAAUUUUAGUAAACAUUUUUGGAGGAAUAAUGAAAUGCGAUGUAAUAGCAAGUGGGAUUGUUAAUGCAGCUAAACAGGUUGCAUUGAAAGUACCUGUUGUGGUCCGUCUUGAAGGCACCAAUGUUGACCAAGGAAAAAGAAUCUUGAAGGUAAAUAUGGAACCUAUCUUUAAUUUUUACAGAGGGAAGCUUCAUUUUGUCUUGAAUACCAUUAAUUUUACACUUGAAAGAGAAGCAAGCUUGAAUAGUAAUUUAUGUUGAUAACAAACAGGAAAGUGGGUUGGCAUUGAUAACGGCGGAAGAUCUGGAUGACGCUGCUGCGAAAGCAGUUAAAGCAAGCAGCUAGUUGAGGAACUUUGUUCAUCAUUUAUAAUUUUAUUUUGCCUCAGCCCGAUUCUUUUUGUCGUAUAUCUGUAUUGCAUGUUGAGUAUGUUUUUGCACUGGGAUACGAGGGGGGAUAGUUUCAGCUGAUUGGAACUGAUUUAAAGAAAACAGUAAUUGAAGCAGCAGUUGUCAUUGAGGCUUCCUUGAAUAAGUCUGGAUGCCCUUUUACAAAGUUGGGUUGAUGCUUUAGCAUCCAUGUUGUCAUACAAGUUUUGACUCCAGUAUCAUUUUCUGUUGAAGCAA